AUGCUCCACCAACAACGUAGCUUACUUUCCGCGGCCGCAGUUGCGGCGGCUGUGACCACAACUUUGGCUGGUCCCGCAGUUGUGCCAAAGCACAAUGUCGCAACUGAGACCACAAUUGAUUUGGUUGAUCCUCCAAUGGUCACUGAGGUCGUGCCCGUGUUCUCAGAAAUCUUAACAAGCAUCGAGACCCCCGGCAAAAUCACACUCGGACUCGGCUGCGGCCUGCUCGGUCUCGGCUGUAUUGCUAAGACAAUAAGCAUAGAGUCGCCAACCGUGUGCACCGUGACUGUUGUCGACACCAAGACUACGACUCACGUGGAGUUGAUCCGAGUUGAUCUUUUGUCGGGCACCACGACUACUGUGACCAACAGCGUGGGCAAUGGUGAUGGUGCCAACGCUUUGGCUUAUAACCCUCUGGAUAAUUAUCUUUAUGCACGCCAAGGCACGAAAAUUGUUCGAAUCCACGCUGAUGGCACUACGGAUGACAUUCUUGAUCUCCCAUCCGCCACAACUAAUGUCUUCGUUGGUGAUAUUGACGAGACGGGCUUUUUCUGGGUUUCUAACGGCGGGUCGGACUGGUAUAAGAUCGAUAUGAGGCCUCUAUCGUCCACGUUCGGUCAGUUCCUAGCGAAUGGUACUGUUGCCAAGCCCGUCAGCAUUGCAGAUUGGGUUUACUUCCCGUUCGGGGGCUCCUACUUGUACUCGCUGGGAGCGAUCAACAAGGGCAUCAGCCUGGUUCGCUUCAGUCUGGACACAUUUAGUUUCUCCACUGUCCGGACCCUGCCCCAAUUGGCCUACCACACGUAUGGCGCACAGUAUGGCAUGAACAACGGGACACUCUACGCGUCCGACAACACCGACGGCACGAUUUGGGCGAUACCGAUCGACGGAAGUGACCCUUGGAUCUCAUCUCAAGGGCCUAAGUCAUCAUCGAAUGAUGGUGCACGAUGUGUUUGGAAUCUCGUCAUCUAG